AUGUUUAUCAAUACACUCGUAGAAGAAAAAAUCUCAGUAAAAGCGUUAAUUGAUACAAUAUCUAAAUAUAAUACUAUUAGCAAACACUUAUUUGAUAAGCUUAAAUCUGAUCACGGAUUAGAAGGUAUAGUUGGUGAUGAUCUGAUAGGCGAAGAAAUAAAAGGCUUAGAUUUACA